CAGAGCACCGACCAGGUGCUGCUGAUCUCCCCGACCGCGUUUGGCUACAACCCGGAGGCGGCGAAGGACAACCGCUUCAUGCACGCGGUGGACGAGGGUGAGCUGGAGACUAUGCGAAGAAAGGUGAUGCGCGAGCACGAGAACCUGGUCGACCUGCUCGGCAACCAGAAGGGACCGUUGCAGAUGACUGUCCACCUCUUCGAUCACAAGGAGAGCCACGGCACACCAGACGCGGUGUUCCCAAACAACUGGUUCUCCACAGCCCCGGACGUGCUGAACUUCUACCCGAUGAAGAACGAGAAUCGACGGAAAGAGCGCAGGAAAGAUCUGGUGACCUACCUCGACCGCAUGUCCAAGUGUACCAUCGACCUGACAUACGAGGAAGAGACCGACCCGCCUCGAUUUUUGGAGGGCACCGGGUCGCUCGUGCUGGACCGAGUGAAUCGGGUCGCGUAUGUGGCCAUCUCCGAACGUUCGGACAAGGGUUUAGCCGAGCACUGGGGGAAACUAAAUAAAUACGAGGUCGUGUCAUUCGACGCUAAGGACAGAAACGGGGAUCCCAUCUAUCACACGAACGUGAUGAUGAGCAUCGGCACCGAGGCGGCUCUGGUGUGCAAGGACUCUUUGAGCACGGAGGACUGGGAGAAGGUGUCCUCGUCGCUCACAAAUACGGGGCGCGUCAUCGUGGAGAUAACCAUGGAACAGAUGGAGUGUUUCGCUUGCAACUGUCUGGAGGUGAGGAACUGGAAGUUUUUCCCCGCCCUCGUCAUGUCCACGCGCGCGUACAGGAGCCUGAGGGAGGACCAGCUUGAGGUUUUGCGGGAGCACUUUGACGGAAUCUAUCAUGUCGACCUGACGACGAUUGAGGACGUGGGCGGCGGUAGCGUCCGGUGCUGCAUUGCGGAGUUG